CUGGCAUAUGUCACAUACGAUUAUAAGUCGUAACGGAGUCGGCCCUCGAUAUCGGCCGACACAGUGAGUUGCAAUCAUGGCAGUAGGCAAAACUGCAGCGCUCGGCGAAAUCGGGAGUGGAACUCUUGCUAUUCUUGGUUGUGGCGCUCUUGGCACAGCCAUUCUCCUAGGCCUCCUCUCUGAUUCGUUAGACCUACCCGGAGUAGCCAAGAGGAAUGAUGGUCAGAAUGGCUGGAGCAAGGCCUAUCGCUUUGUAGCCUGUGUCAGGCGCGAGCAAGCUGCGGACACGAUCAGGCAAAAGGUCCAGGAAGUGGCACCCAAAGCAUCUUCACUCGUAGACAUUCAAGUGUGCAAUAAUGUCGAAGCCAUCCGCACAGCCGACAUUGUUCUCCUGGCCGUACAACCACACUUGCUGGCCGAGCUUCUCCAAGAGCCUCAUAUGAGUGAUUCUCUCCGAGGAAAAAUCAUCAUCAGUGUCUUGGCAGGCGUCACGGUGAAUGACAUACAGUCCGCGAUAACCAUGAAUUUGGAGACGGCGGUGGCGGCGGCGGCAGCACAGCAUACCUCACCACUCGAACUCGACUCUCCACCACAGAAGAAGAACACAUACACAAUUGUGCGAGCAAUGCCCAACAUCAAUUGCUUCGCCGGGCAAUCCACCACCAUCAUCGAACGAGACAGCUCCUCCUCCUCCUCCUCCUCCUCCUCGAUGCAAGACGACAACACUCUCCACCUCGUCAGUAACCUCUUCCACAGCCUCGGCAAAGUCUUCUUCACCUCACCCUCCACCAUGAACGCCUGCACAGCCCUAUGCGGCUCAACACCAGCCUUCUUCACCAUCGUCCUCGAAGGACUCAUCGAAGGCGCCAUCGCCGCCGGACUGAAACCCGACGAAGCCUUACAAAUGCUCAGUCACACGAUGAUGGGAACUGGCGCUCUCAUGAUGUCGCAAGGUGGAAGAGAUCCUGCUGCGGUGAGACAUCAAGUCACUUCUCCCGGAGGCUCGACGAUUCGAGGGGUUUUAUCGCUCGAGGAGAAUCGAGUUCGGUGGAGUUUUGCUAGGGCGCUGGAAAUUUCUGCGGCUAAGGCGGGUGAUUUGGGGGGUAGUAGUAGUGGGAGUAGUGGGAGUAGCAAGUAG